AUGUCGACCUGGAACUCUUCCAAUGCCGUCUGGCUCCCAGGCAUCUGGGACAUGCCCGAAGUCCUCACCAAAAGCCUCGACUUCAUGCGAGACCACAACAUCGAAUACAUUUUCCCCAUCACCAAAACCCUCACAAAAGAAGGCGGAUUCGCCAUAAACAGCAACUUUCUAAUCUACCUCCAUCAAUUCAUGGCCACGAUCAAAGAAUACGAAGAAUCGUCCCGGUCAUGCGGUAAAAAAUUCAAAGUCAUCCCCGUCGUAGACGCAUGUUUCAACAAAGAAAACACAGACGAAUACCUAGAUCUGAGUAAUCCAGAAGUCCACGCUUCCGCGGUUACGAAUAUUCGACGGUUCGUGGUUGCUGAGACGGAGAAUUCGUUUGUGACGGGGAUGCCGCGUCCGUUUGAUGGGGUGCAGUUUAGUGUUAAGAAUGAAGAUGAUGUUUAUGAUUUUGAGAUACUGAAGAAGUUUAUGAAGGAGAUUAAGUCAGCCACGGGGAAGAUUACAGCGUUAGCUGUUCCUAAGUUUGGAGGAUCUUGGGCUUCUUCGUCGGGGUUUUAUUAUGCGGCGUUAUAUGUAGAUAUUCUGAUACCGAUGUGUUUCAAUUCAUCCUCUCAAACCGCGGAGGAGUAUCAGACAUUCAUGAAGGAUCAGGUACAUACCAUCCUUCGAGCCGUAUCAGGGAAAUACGCAAGGAACCAUGGAAGACCUGGUAAUGGUGUCAAAGUACUAUUCGGAUUCCCAUGUUUCCCCGACAGCGGUGAAGAUACCAAAGUUCACAACUCUGUAGCUGAAAAUAUUGCAGCUGCAGCACAAGGUGCCAUCGAUGGAGUCAAGAAAUUGGUGGAAGAGAAUGAUGAUUCCUUGGAGUUUGCGGCUGGAGCUUCUUUGUAUAUGUUUUCAGACGGAGAGGGCAAGGAUGGGUAUUCGACAAAGGCGGAUAUGGAUGAUUUUGGGAAGUACUGGGCUUUUGAGAAGCAUGAUGUCCCGGUUGAUAAACCGAAGGGAGAUGAUCCGAAGGAUGGUACUCCUGAUAAUGGCUCGAAUACACCGUUGAUUAAGGUGGUUGUGGCGGCUAUACUUAUGGUUUGUGCUUGGAUUAUAGCCGUUGGGUAG